AUGCCUCCAAAGGGGAAGCAGGGCACGAAAGGCAAGAAACAAAUAGCGGAGGAGAAUAAAUCAACUCUCAACUUUUAUCUCUACAUCAUCUGUGGUGUCAAUGUGGUCUACUAUGCAUUGUGGUACUUCCUGUUCUGGGAUGCAUUCACAACGGGGCCGGUGCUACUGUCCGCCUUUUCUGCGACAAUAUACUUUGGCAGCUACCAAUUCAUGGCCAGGAUGGGAAAGUCUGUCUACCGCGAAGGCCAGCUCGUGGACUCUGGCGUUGAUCUCAAUAUGGAAUCUGGCAUGGCAGAACACACUAAAGACCUGAUUUUACUCACUGCCAUUGUGCAGACAUGCUCCCUGUUGUCCGGCUACUUCUGGCUGUUUUUAUUGCUU